AUGGCUUCCUCCGCCGCCCAGAUUCACAUCCUCGGCGGAAUCGGAUUCGCCACCACAUCCUCCAAAAGAAACCUCAACGCUAAAUCCACUUCUCUCCCCAGAACCGCCUUCUUCGGCACAAGAACCAAUCCCUUCUCCACCCCUACCUCCGCCUUCCUCAGAAUAAACACCAGAAACGCCUCUAGAUACUCUGUAGGUCCUCUCCGCGUGGUUAACGAGAAAGUCGUCGGAAUCGAUUUAGGCACGACAAACUCCGCCGUAGCUGCAAUGGAAGGAGGCAAGCCGACGAUCGUCACCAACGCCGAAGGCCAGAGAACGACUCCCUCCGUGGUGGCUUACACCAAGAGCGGUGAUCGCCUCGUCGGGCAGAUUGCGAAGAGGCAAGCAGUUGUUAACCCGGAGAACACAUUCUUCUCGGUGAAGAGGUUUAUCGGAAGGAGGAUGAGUGAGGUAGAUGAAGAAGCUAAGCAGGUUUCGUAUAGAGUUGUGAAAGAUGAGAAUGGGAAUGUUAAGCUUGAGUGUCCUGCUAUUGGUAAACAGUUUGCUGCUGAGGAGAUUUCUGCUCAGGUUUUGAGGAAGCUUGUGGAUGAUGCUUCGAGGUUUUUGAAUGAGAAAGUGACCAAGGCUGUUGUUACUGUGCCUGCUUACUUUAAUGACUCGCAGAGGACGGCUACGAAAGAUGCUGGUAGGAUUGCUGGGUUGGAGGUUCUUCGUAUUAUUAAUGAGCCUACGGCUGCUUCGUUAGCUUAUGGGUUUGAGAGGAAAAGUAAUGAAACAAUUUUGGUGUUUGAUCUUGGUGGUGGUACCUUUGAUGUCUCAGUGCUUGAGGUUGGUGAUGGUGUGUUUGAAGUGCUUUCCACUUCUGGUGACACGCAUUUGGGUGGUGAUGACUUUGACAAGAGAGUUGUUGAUUGGCUUGCUUCAAAUUUCAAGAAGGAUGAAGGUAUUGAUCUUCUGAAAGACAAGCAAGCACUCCAGAGGCUGACAGAAGCAGCGGAAAAGGCUAAAAUCGAGCUUUCUUCGCUGACUCAGACAAAUAUGAGUCUGCCAUUUAUCACAGCCACAGCUGAUGGGCCUAAACACAUAGAAACCACGCUCACACGUGCCAAGUUUGAAGAAUUGUGUUCAGAUUUACUUGACAGGUGUAAGACUCCCGUUGAAAAUUCCUUGAGGGAUGCAAAGCUCAGCUUCAGUGAUAUUGACGAAGUGAUCCUUGUUGGUGGAUCAACACGUAUUCCUGCUGUUCAGGAAGUCGUCUCGACUAUUUCAAACAUGGUUUAUGUGUAA